UUAAAAGGGGAGGGGAGAUGAGACGGCAACACAUAAGCGAUACUUCAAUUGGAGCACUGCCACAUACCCUCUUCUGCAUGCUCAUCUCUAAUCUGAUGCAGCCACGCUUCUGCUUCUUCCUCUCUCUCCCCUUCCCCUCCUGAUCUCUCCUUCCUCUUAUAUAUCCCUCCCCCUCCUCUCCCUCCAUUUCCGUCCUCUCCAUUUCGAUCUAUCUCCCCUUCAUCAUGAGCAGCGUCUGUGCUGACCAGCACAAGUUCCAUCCCUUCUCCCCUAAGAAGUCCCUCCUCGACAUCCCUCCCCGCAAGCUCCUCACUCGCCGUUCCGCCGCCGCCGCCGCCGCCAUCCACGACCCCGACAUGUUCCCCGACUCCCCCUGCUUUUCCUCUUCCGACGAGGCUUUCCUUCGCAAGUUUCUCCCCCGCAACAACCUCAACGCCGACUCCGACUCCGACGACUCUGAUCUCUAUUCCUCUGAUCACUUCCGCAUGUACGAGUUCAAGGUACGCCGAUGCACCCGCAGCCGCAGCCAUGACUGGACCGACUGCCCCUUCGCUCACCCCGGUGAGAAAGCUCGCCGCCGAGACCCCCGCCGGUAUCACUACUCCGGUACUGUCUGCCCCGAGUAUCGCCGCGGGGGGUGCAGCCGCGGUGAUGGCUGCGAGUUCGCGCACGGCGUCUUCGAGUGUUGGCUUCACCCUGCAAGGUACCGAACUGAGGCUUGUAAAGAUGGCAAGAAUUGCAAGCGAAAGGUGUGCUUCUUCGCUCACACUCCUCGCCAGCUGAGAAUUUUGCCUGUUAAUUCUCACUCCCAUAGUUCUUCGUCGGCCGACCAUCACGCUUCGUGCAAGAAUCAUAACAAAUUCAUGAACCCCGCCUCGGGAUCCAAGAAUUGCUGCUUGUUUUGCCAUCACUGCUCUGCUGGUUCCACUUCCUCUCCGACGUCCACGUUGUUUGGGAUGUCUCACAUGUCGCCGCCACUUUCACCGUCGUCGUCCCCUGUUUCACCUCCUCUUUCUCCGGUGAAACUCAGGUCAACCGCGAACGGACUGUCGCCAAUCUCUCGAUACUGUGACAGACUCCCAGGAUGCGAGACGUCUAGUAGGUUGGUGAAUAAUCAGGGGGUGGUGAGCUACAAAGAAGCUCUCACAGAAUUAAUGAGCUCCUUGGAGGGUCUGAAUUUCAUGGAAGCUAAUGCUUCGCCUGUUUCUGCCACGAAAUCCCAAAACCUGCCUUGGCUCGACAUGUCUUCAAUUAACUGUGAAGACCAGCAGCAGCAGUUCAUUCUUUCACCCGCCACUUCUUUUAGCUGCGAAGAUCAGCAGCAACAGUUCAUUCUUUCGCCAUCCGCUCACACCCCAACAACAACCUCUGUUUCUUCAAGCUUCUCCAAUGGGAAGUUAUAUGCGAACAGCACGUUCCUCAGCAGUGAGAACAGGGUUGUUUCAAACGAUAACGGGUCCGUUUGCUCAGCCCCGGAUCUCGGAUGGGUCAACGAUCUGCUGAUGUAGAAGACGACGAAACUGGUGAUGAUGACGAUGGAAAGUGUAAAUACAAUCGAGCGACAUUAAAUGUCUGGCGCAUUGUUAUUGUUAUUGUUUUUAAGUUCAUUUCUUUGUCUGAAUUCGCAGCUAAGUUUGUGACUAUAUUAUAUAUAUAUAUAUAUAUUCCUGUGAUUUAAUUUACGCAUUUAGAUUUGAAUGUCUUGUGCAGAGGGGAAGCUGAUUCAUGGAGUAAAAAUGAGCCAUGAUUUUGUUUUCUUCCAUCUCCUUGCUUUGCUAGUGGUAUUACGUGUCAAGCCCAACCUUAAUAAAAGCCUAUAUUUAU